CGUACCCACACACAUACCCACACACACAUACCCACACACACCUAUCCACACACGUACCCACACACACCUACCCACACACAUACCCACACACAUACCCUCGAGAUGGACGGUGACGAGUUCAACAUACUGCUGGCCACCGAUUCAUACAAGGUGUCGCACUAUCGGCAGUUUCCUCCCAACGUCACCAAGGUGUACUCGUACUUCGAGUGCCGGGGAAGAGGUCAUGUCAGUAGCCAAGCAGAGCCCCACAAGUUCACCGAGUCGGUCUUCUUCGGGCUGCAGUACACGCUGAAGAAGUACCUCUGCGGUCAGGUGGUGACGAGGGAGAAGAUCCAGCAAGCCAAGGAGAUCUACCAGCAGCACUUCCAGCAGGACAUCUUCAACGAGGAUGGAUGGAACUACAUCUUGGAGGAGCACGAAGGGCGGCUGCCGGUUCGGAUCAAGGCGGUGCCGGAGGGAACCGUGGUGCCACUGGGGAAUGUGCUAUUCACCGUGGAAAGCACCGACCCCAAGUGCUUCUGGAUCAUCGGGUGGCUCGAGACCAUCCUGGUGCAGACGUGGUACCCCAUCACCGUGGCGACGAGCUCGCGGGCGCAGAAGCAGCUGCUGGCGCGCUACCUGUGUCGGACAGGCGGCAGCCGCGGCCUGCUCGAGCGCCAGCUGCAGGACUUUGGGUACCGCGGGGUCUCUUCCCAGGAGACAGCGGCUAUCGGCGGUGCGGCGCACCUCGUCAACUUCAGAGGCAGCGACACCAUGGCCGGCGUCAUGCUACUGCGCCGCUACUACGGCUGCCCCAUGGCCGGACACUCCAUCCCCGCCGCCGAACACAGCACGGUGACGGCGUGGGGGCGUGAGCGGGAGGGCGCGGCGUUCCGCCACCUGCUGCAGCAGUUCCCGUCGGGCGCCGUGUCCGUGGUGAGCGACAGCUACGACAUCUUCCACGCGUGCCGCGAGCUCUGGGGCCGCGAGCUGCGGACGCUCGUGGAGGAGCGCAGCCUGGUCGGGGGGCAGCUCCUCAUCCGCCCCGACUCGGGUGACCCUGCCGACACCGUGCUCAAGGUGUUGAACAUCCUGGGCAAGGCGUUUGGCACGGUGGUGAACGAGAAGGGCUACAUGGUGCUGCCGGAUUGCCUCCGCAUCAUCCAGGGUGACGGCAUCGACAUCAGCUCCCUCAAGCGGGUUCUGGACGCGGUGGAGAAUGCCGGCUGGAGUGCUGCGAACCUGUUCUUUGGGAGCGGCGGUUCCCUGCUGCAGAAAGUCAACCGCGACACCCUCAACUGCUGCUUCAAGUGCAGCUACGCCGAGUUCGACGGACAAGGGGUCGAUGUUUACAAGCAGCCAGUGACAGACCCCAGCAAGUGCUCCAAGCGGGGACAGCUGUCCCUGCAGAAGACCAUCGAUGGGCAGCUGGUGACCGUGGAGGGCGGCAAGGGAGAUCAGGACACGGAUCUGCUGAGAAUCGUGUUUGAGGAUGGACAGCUUCUCCGGGACUUCUCUCUCGAGGAAAUCCGGGUGAAUGCCGCCCUCCGAGAGGAAGAUUUUUCUCCCGACCCGAACCCCGACGUCAUCCUCCAGUGAAUAACCGUCGUCGAGUCUCGGUUAUCUGGGGCAACGGCGGCGGCCAGGAUUAUACGACAAAAGAAUACAAACACGGGUAUUGCAAAAGCGGCGUAAAGGACAUCUAAACAACCGUACCAGUGGGUUAUCCUGGGAUCACGACCCCGACGGAACGAAGAUGCGGAGAUUUGCGGAACGCGAAGCGACUGCGCGGUUGUCCGGGUCGGCCUGCGCGUCGAGAAUUUCUCCCCCUCAAGCCUCCGCGACGUGGCGGCGCAGUGGCACUGCAACUCGCGCAUCCCCAGACAGAGAGAGCCGCCGUAAUGCCCGUGGAAUUGCCCGUGGUAGUGUGCUUGGCACAAACUCGACACACGAAAUGCUCAACUCGUGGAUUGCAGGCGGCCGUAGCGAACAACUUGGCACGCUCAUUCGAAACGAGCGAUUUAAGAUGAGUCUUUGAAACAUUUCUAGCAUCGUGGUCCAAAUUUCCAAUUUCCAACAUUUAAUAAAUGUACAUAAUUGGUAAAAGCCAGAUGAGCAAUAUCGGCCCGGCUAUUCAAACCUAACUAAACUAAACUUUUUUAUUUUACCAGGUAAGCCCCACUGAACUAUAUAGCUCUUGUUCUUGGUUCUUUCGGUAAAGUCACAUA